AUGGCAGGGAUCAGAGUCAUGGAGGUGGACUGGCAGCGGCCGAGCAAUGGUGCCGCCCACCACACCCAGGAGUACCCCAGCCCUGAGCUGGUGGUCCGCAGGGGACAGGGGUUCAGCCUCACGCUGGAGCUGAGCAGAACGCCGGACAGCGAGGAGACCCUCAUCUUCACGGUGGAGACAGGGCCCCAAGCUUCCGAGGCCCUCCACACCAAGGCCGUGUUCCAGACAUCAGAGCCAGAGGCGGGCGACGGCUGGACCGCGGUGGAGGAGGCUCGGACGGAGAACACCGUGACCGUCAGCCUCACCAGCCCUCCCGACGCAGCCAUUGGCCGCUACCGGCUGAGCACCAGGGUUUCCUCCCGCCGCAAACACAGCAACAGGAAGCUGGGCGAGUUUGUUCUCCUCUUCAACCCCUGGUGCCCAGAGGACGACGUGUUUCUGGCCUCGGAGAAGGAGAGACAGGAGUACGUGCUCAACGACAGCGGGGUCAUCUUCCGGGGUGUGGAGAAGCACAUCCGAGCCCAGGGCUGGAACUACGGGCAGUUUGAGGAAGGCAUCCUGAACAUCUGCCUCUCCAUCCUGGACCGAAGCCCCAGUUACCAAGACAACCAAGCCACCGAUGUGUCCCGCCGCCACGACCCCAUCUACAUCAGCAGGGUCAUCAGUGCCAUGGUGAACAGCAAUGAUGACCGGGGCGUGGUGCAAGGCCAGUGGCAGGGCAAGUACGGCGGCGGCACCAGCCCACUGCACUGGCGGGGCAGCGUGGCCAUUCUGCAGAAGUGGUUCAAGGGCAGGUACAAGCCAGUCAAAUAUGGCCAGUGCUGGGUCUUCGCUGGAGUCCUGUGCACAGUCCUCAGGUGCUUGGGGAUCGCCACACGGGUCGUAUCCAACUUCAACUCGGCCCACGACACGGACAGGAACCUGAGUGUGGACAAAUACGUGGACUCCUUCGGGCGCACCCUGGGGGAGCUGACGGAAGACAGCAUGUGGAAUUUCCACGUCUGGAAUGAGAGCUGGUUUGCCCGGCGGGACCUGGGCCCCUCUUACAGUGGCUGGCAGGUUCUGGACGCCACCCCCCAGGAGGAGAGCAAAGGCGCGUUCCGCUGCGGCCCGGCCUCGGUGGCCGCCAUCCGGGAGGGCGACGUGCACCUCGCCCACGACGGCCCCUUCGUGUUUGCCGAGGUCAACGCGGACUACGUCACGUGGCUCUGGCACGAGGACGAGGGCCGCGAGCGCGUGUACUCGGACACGAAGAAGAUCGGCAGGUGCAUCAGCACCAAGGCGGUGGGCAGCGACUCCCGCGUGGACAUCACCGGCCUCUACAAGCACCCGGAAGGGUCCCUCAAGGAGAGGCAGGUGUACAGGAAGGCGGUGCGGAGGCUGCUCAGCGUGGACGCCUGCGGCAGGAGGGCUCGGAUCCGCAGGGCCGGCGGGCGCGGGCCGUGGCGGGAUGCGCUCCUGGAGCCGGCCGCCAAGCCCAGCAUCACCGGCAAGUUCAAGGUGCUGGAGCCGCCCGUGCUGGGCCACGACCUGAGGCUGGCCCUGUGCCUGGCCAACCUCACCUCCCGGGCGCAGCGUGUGCGAGUCAACCUGAGCGGCGCCACCAUCCUCUACACCCGCAGGCCGGUGGCAGAAAUCCUGCACGAAUCCCGCGCGGUGAGGCUGGGGCCCCAGAAAGAGAAAAAGAUCCCAAUCAUCAUCUCUUACUCUCAGUAUAAGGAAGACCUGACGGAAGACAAGAAGAUCCUGUUGGCUGCCAUGUGCCUCGUCACCAAAGGAGAGAAGCUCCUGGUGGAGAAGGACAUUACUCUGGAGGACUCCAUCACCAUCAAGGUGCUGGGCCCAGCCGUGGUGGGGGUGGCAGUUGUGGUGGAAGUGAUGGUGGUCAAUCCUCUCUCGGAGGGAAUGGAGGACUGUGUGCUGAUGGUGGAGGGCAGCGGCCUUCUCCAGGGACAGCUCAGUAUCGAUGUGCCCGACCUGGAGCCCCAGGAGAGGGCCUUGGUCCAGUUCAACAUCACCCCCUCCAAGAGUGGGCCCCGGCAGCUGCAGGUGGACCUCGUCAGCUCCCACUUCCCAGACAUCAAGGGCUUCGUGAUCAUCCAGGUGGCCACGGCCAAGUGAGGGGCCACAAAGGACUGAGGGGGAAGGAGAGGGUCCCAUUCCCAGGCCUGUGUUCCAGACCUGCUCCAGCCUCUGCCUCACUGUGAUUCUGAGCAAGCCCCUUCCCCUCCUGGGCCUCAGUUUCCCCAUCUGUAAAAUCAGGAUUUGGACUUGGGAAACCUUAAAACUUUCAGUUGGAUGUUUCAGUAUGGAUGUUGUAACAACCUGGGGUGCCCCUACCACCUUCAUCUCAUCACCCUUGUGGCUGGGAGGCUGACACCAGAGCAUUACAGCACCUGGCUCUCCCGGCUCUGACAUCUCCUACACAGCCAGUUCACUCUCACCCUGGCUGAAUGCCUGGGCUGUCCUUGCUUCUCUCUCAGCUCUUCAAAUGAGCUGACAAUAUCCAGAUCCAAGAAACCUCCCCUCGGCCCUGUUAGAGAAUGCUAAAUCGUUGGAGCUGAAACCUAAAUAUCCCUCACACCCCCAUUUUAUAGAGAGGGAGGACCUCCCCAAGGUCACACGGCAAGCUAGAGGCAGGUUUGGAGCCCAUACAAAUGCCAUUUAUGUCAUGUGACUUUUACCCCAAAGUCAGGUUCCUACAGAUCAUUAGGGUCGAAGCAAUGGGGGACAGUCCUCGUUGAAGACACUGGCCAGGCCUGAAGGGCUGUUGCCACCUGGAAGAAGCUGAAGAAGAUAAGGGAGUGGCCAUCCAACCCAGAUUGCCCGCCCCUAAAAUCUGCAGCCCUGAAUCUGAUCACUUACUGCCAUCGGGGAUUUCAUGCCACCAGCCCAGCUACGCCCUGAAACCCUGGUGUUUAUUUACUUAUUUAGAACCUGCACUGUACGGACUUUGCAAAGCAUCCUCCGCAGCUUACAUGCUGUACCAUGAUGCACUGAGGAUCAAAACAGGACAGAGACCCCAGCGCAAGGCCCAGAGCAGAGACCACCAGACCCUGAAGAUAACUGCCCUGAACUUGAAAUUCAGCUCUGAAAUUUUCUAGGCAGCCAAAGAAAUUAUAAUUAACCAUUUAACUUAAAUAAUCUGAACAACAACAAGAAAGCAGGCUCUUCUGCAGAGGCACCCCUUGGACAUGAGCUUGUAUUGAGUCUUUGCAAUAGGAGGGUUGGGUGAACCCACAGACAGUAUUUGAUGGCUGAGCCUCGUGGCAAUGAGGGGCAACCAUGCCACAGCGCCCUGCUGAAGUCGUUUCUUUGAUGAUUCCACACGAUGCAUGUGGGACCUGGAGAAUGCAGAUGGGGGGGUGCGUUCAAUGAGUCAGGCCCUUGGGCUUCCUUAGGCCCAGGACCUCCUUUAUAAACCUAGGUUUUUUGAUGCUGA